ACUCGAGCUGGAGACAACGCAUUGUGAUGCGGAUCCCCCGAAAAUGGAUGGAGCCCCCGAUAAUGUUGAAACUGCACAUUCUGAAAAAUGGAGAGAAUGGCGGGAGCCAUUUUCUCCAUUUUUCGGCGGUGCUUUCUUUUGACAAAGAAACCGCUUAUGAUCGGGUGAUAAUUUCUCGGUGAUAAUUCGAAUUAGCGGAGAGUUCUCGGAUCCCUCGUACGAAUGAGACGGAGAAUGGGAAAGCCGCGGAUCUGUUUGGUAUUCUGCUCGAUCCACGGCCGAGCAGCCAGCGGCGCAACGAUCGUGGUUCAUUGAGAUUCUCUUGGAGAUAACAUGCUGCCAGAGCGCAGACACGGAACCGUCGCCGGUGGCGUGCGAGAGAGUUGAAGCACCGAAGAUGUUCUUGUCGUUUCUGCGCGGAGAAGGACUAUAUAAUCAACGAAUUCGCUGUUUUCCCCCGUCAAGUGUCUCAAGAAUCAGACGAUCAUGAAGUUUGUCAUCGUUUUGACUCUCGCGGUUGCCGCGCGCGCCCAAUUGCGGGUUAACGCCAUCGAUAACUCCGGAGCGUACAUUCCCAAUCAGUACGACAACGUUCCCACCCCAUAUAACUUCGCCUACUCCUCCGACGGGGCAGAAGGGGGUCAUUCCCACCAGGAAAGCGGGGACGGGCAAGGCCGAGUGCAGGGAUCGUACUCGAUCACUCUGGCCGACGGACGUACGCGGACCGUGAACUACGUGGCAGAUGAGAACGGAUAUCGUGCUGAGGUGAACACCAAUGAGCUGGGAACCGAGUCUAAAAAUCCCGCCGACGUAAUCAUCACCUCGUCAGCCAUCACCGGUGCCGAGGCCGCCGUGCAGUACGGACCUCAGGCUCCUCCUGAGAGACAGAUUUCGUAUGCAGCUCGUCCCCAAAUUCAAUUGCGACAGGUUAACAACCAAAUCGCUCUCCCGUCAUACGGGACCUUCGCGGGAGUUCCAGGACAGUCCUGAGCGCGUAAUAUUUCUGUUCGUACAGAGUUGAAAAUUCUUGACGUUUCCCCAUGAAUUAGCUCAUCGUUUUUACGGAUGGCGUUCGUGGUUCACCUCGCGUUCAUUUUUUAUUCAGGUAGGUUCCAUUCUCUACACAUGUCAACACAACUUAGGAGAUUUAGAGGAGACUUUCCAGGCUCAGACGAUUAAAGAAGCGACAGAGACAUGGAAGCUGACUUGACUACCUUCCCCUAUAUCCCAAUAAUAAAUAUAUGGAACGAUAAUUUUUU